CACUGACUGAGAUUUGAGUGAAAAUAGAGGUCAUAUUUUGCCGAAGCGGUAUUUGUGUGUUGUGCGCUGCAGAGAUCCUGUUUUUUUUACGGGCAUACCUUCGAAUAUAUUUUUUACUCAUCAGACAGCGUGAAAGAUUUUCAUCAACUUUUGUUUUGAAAACUGACGUACAAGGGUUGAUCAGCAGAUCGAUUAUCGGCUAUAAUGGAAGGAUGUGGCUGUGGCGUCAUUAGGGUGAUCAUAUCACCCAUCGUCAUCGUGUACCUCUUUCUGACGCUGGGGGCAGCAGAUACAGUGGAUUCGAUUUUCCCGGCUUGCAAAGAAAGAACCCAUGCCAUCAAAAUACCAAAUCUGGUCGACCCCAACCCAUGUAUAUUCAGGUGCCCAACAAAGGUCGAGAUGGCUUGUGCAAAUGAUGGCACGAGUCACAUCAACGAGUGUUUCCUGUGUAAGGACGCGUGUAACAAUCCCGACAGGCCUAUCUUUAAAGUAUGCAAUGGGCGGUGCCCGUGUAAGGGGAAACCCCACGAUGAUGUCAUGAAGACAGUAGAUGAUUGCAAAGACGGCAAAUGUGCGGUAGAUGCUUCCGACCACUACGACGAAGACUACGGACUGGAUGUCGAAGCACCCGAGGCUAAAUACUCGUAUCCCGAAUACACACGAGAGCAAUACGAGAACGGGGAUGUCAUCCACGAGCUGGAUGGGUACUCACAAAGAGGGGACGAGGAGAUGGUAGAUGGGGGGUAUGGUUAUACUGAAGAUGAGGAGCUCCGUGAAUGGGAAUAUUAUGAAGAGGAGUAUGAAGAUAUUGAAGUAGAAGGGGAUGAUGAUGCAGAAGUAGAAGAGGAGGAGGAUGUGGAAGGGGAGGGGGAAGAAGGGGAGGAUACACUGCAAGAAGGGGAGGGGCGGGAUGGGGGAGCUGGGGAUGGGGUGGUGGAUCAUAAGGAGGAAGGGAAGGAGAAAGUUAAGGAGGUUAUUGUUGACAUGGAAGAAGAUGGUGGGCAGGGUAAGGGCAACAAUCAGAAGGGGCCUGAGACGGGUAAGGAAGGCGAGGGUGUGCCGCAGAAGGGAUCCAAGAAAGCCAGGGAAGAACAAGUAAAGGAUAAACAAAUUAAAGUGGUGGUUGAAAACAAGGAAGAUAUUAUCAGUUAA